AUGGCUAUUCCAGAAUCUGAAAGCGCCCAUCCAUGGAAGAAUUACCACCCAACUGUGUGGGGAGACUUCUUCAUAACCCAAGUCGUCCCUGCAACUGAUGAGGUAGUGAAAGGCUGGAAUGAAGAAAUUGAAGUCUCGAAGCCGAAUAUAAAGAAGAAACUAUCAGAUCCAAUUAGUAAUGUGCUGGAAAGGUUGAGACUCGUCGACGCGGUGGAGCGAUUAGGCGUUGGUUAUCACUUUGAGAAAGAAAUAGAGCAAAUCCUCGAACAAGUGUGUGGAGACAAAAAUAUCUGGAGCGAUGAUGACUAUAACGACCUUAACACCGUUGCACUCCGUUUCAGGCUGCUGAGGCAACACGGCUAUAAAGCAUCAUGUGAUGUGUUCAACAAGUUCAGAACGGAAGAAGGGUUCAAGAAAGAGUUAACGGACGACAUUGAAGGCAUGUUGAAUCUAUAUGAAGCUGCGUACUUGAGGACACGGGAAGAAAGCAUAUUAGGAGAAGCUAUUGAGUUCACCACUGCACACCUAAGAGCAAAAGUUGCAGAGAUGGAAACCCACGUUGCUGAAAGAGUCACCCGCGCUCUGGAAAGGCCUCUUCUCAAAGUCGCGCCAAUUGUUGAACACCUGUUUUUCAUCUCUUCCGCCUAUGAACAUAUCCCGGGCCAUGACCCAGUACUCCUCAGGCUCGCCAAGCUGAACUUCAACGUGUUGCAGCAGAUGUAUCAGGCCGAACUGCACCCCAUCACCGAGUGGUGGAUUAAGCUGGAUUCACCAACGAAGCUGCCUUAUGCUCGAGACAAGCUCGUGGAGACCUACUUCUGGGGAUUAGGAUUGUAUUGGGAGCCCAAACACUACCUGGCCAGAUACUUCGCUACCAAAAUCACUCUCAUCGGGACGCUAGUGGACGACACAUUCGAUAUUCAUGGGACCGUUGAAGCCCUGCUGCUACAUAACAGGUGGGAUACAACCGCGAAAGGGCUGAAAGAUUACAUGAUUGUCCUUUUCGACGCACUGGUUGGCGUUCAUGAGGAAAUCGAGGCUGUCACUUCCAAAGAAGGAAGGCCAUGGGUUUUGGACUACAUGAAACGAGGGAUCAGUAAUGUCGCAAGGUUAUACCUGGAAGAAGAAAGGAGGUCCCAAUCCUACAAAGGUUUUGUGCCCACACUAGAUGAAUACAGGCAGCUUUCUUGCGUGACCACUUGUUUCGAAUGGAUAGUCUACGCCACCAUCUGCGGCUUGGGUGACUCGGUCUCGAAGAGCGACUUCGAAUGGUUAGCUUCCUCGCCCGAAAUGUUGAUCAUUUCGAGCGAUAUAUGUCGCUUUCAGGACGACCUUGCCGACAACAUGAAAGAGCCGGACACCGCACAUUUUGCAUCAUCACUGGAAUGUUACAUGAAGCAAUACGACGCGUCGAGACAGGAGGCGAUAGAUGGACUGAACAAGCUGAUUGAUGAGGACUGGAUGAUUAUGAACGAGGAGUUGUUGCUGAACAUUCCUUCUCACGUUUGUAAACGAGUUCCUAUUGUGAUCCUUAAUCUGGUGCGCUUUAUGGAUACAAACUACAAGGAUUAUGAUGGCUACACUCACUCCAGCACCAGGACCAAGGAUAUUCUGAUUGCUCUUCUUCUUACACCCAUGGUCGUGUAA